UUUGAAGUGUGUUCGCAUUAAGCUCUCGGCGAAUUCGGCAAAAGACAGCUCAAAGCGAAAGCGAAUUGCGAUCUAGUUUAUUAUUGUUAUAUUUUUUGCUCUUUUUUUUCGGUGCGUGCGAGGGUGUGUAAGUGUGUAGUAGUACGCCUGUGUGAACGUGUAUGUGUGCGUGUGUGUGUGUGUGUGUAUGUGUGCGUGUUAUUGUACUUAGCAAACGCGCGCCAAUUCAAACAAAUUUCGUGGUGUUUGUCUUGCCGUUACUUCAGCUAUCGUUGCUGCUGUGCCGCAAAGCAUGCAGUUAAAUUCUCAGCUGUUUGGUUGAAAGCCUGCAGGACGAAAGUUUGUGUCCAUGUACAUGUAUGUGUGCUGGUGUGAGUCCUAGUUGUGCAGGCUGAACCGGGAUGGAUGCACGCCGACAGAAGCGACUUGGCCCAGCGCCAAUUGCAUCGUUCGAAAAGUCAUUUGAGGACAAUACCACGAUGGCAACAACAGCAACAACUGCGACGGUUGCAACAAUAGCAACAGCUGCAGCAACAACAACUGCAACGCAACAGCAAAAGCGAAUAACGAUGAUGGAGCAAACGCUGCGCAAACAACAAACGACAACGACACAACAAACAACAACACGCAACGCAAAUCCAAACCCAAAUCCAAAUCCGAAUCCAAAUGCAAAUCCGAAUCCCAAUCCCAGCGAAGCGCCAAGCAUAUUGGCAGCAGCCGCACUGUCCAACGCUGGCAGCAGCAGCAGCUCCUCCACAUCCACCUCAUCAUCCACAUCGACCGCCACCUGCUCCGCCAAUGUCAGCUCCAUCGUUGCCAAGCAACGUCCGCCGCCGCUUAAAACGGCAACGGCUACGGUCACAACGACUCUCGUCAGCAGCAACGAGGGCGGCCAGCCGCUGCCGCUGCCCCAGGGCAUGGCUGCGGUCACGGGCGCCACCUAUCGUGGCGCAGCGACACUAACCACACCAUCAACGCCACGCAUCGAGCUGAGCCGCGCCUCCAGCUCAUCCCAUCACGAGGAGGAUAGCCGCGAGAGCAGCCCCGAGAACGUGUUCGAGCAGGUCGGCACUGGCACCCUACAGGAAACAAUUGGUCUCGGUUUCCGCGAGGAGGGCGCCUUGGAGCUGCGCAGCUCCACCGAGGAGCUCUAUUUUAUGGAUCCAGAGCAAAAGAAAGAGGAGCAGGAGCGCAUGCAGCAGCAACAACAACAACAACAACAGCAGCAACAGGGCAAACGGUCGUCGCCGCACAUCUUCAAGUUCGAUGACCACCAGAGCUACCUGCAGCAGCACCAGCGCAAGGACUCGGCCAGCUCUGAGGUGGCCGCGCUGCUCUGCAUCUCGGGCCGCACCAGCCGCAUCUCGAGCGUCGGCAGCCAGGGCUCGGCUGUUAGCCGUCUGUCCGCCGUCUCCUGCGUCUCGCGCUCACCAUCGCCGCAUCGCAUGCUGCUGGAGACAUCGUUCUGCGGCCCCAAGCCCGUGGAGGGCGCCGAUGGGGUGGUGAGCGGGGCCAGCAAUGCCUCCACGGCGCCCAGCUCCGCCCAGAGCUUGGGCGAGGCGACACUGGCCGUGGAACAGCUGCUGUUGGCACGGGCCAAACACGAUCCCACCCAGGUGGUGCUCGCCGAGGGCAUCCAGAUGCAGAUGCAGAUGCAGCCGCCGGGCACAUUGGCACGCCGGGCCAAGCCCACCACGCUGGCCAAUGGCGAGAGCAAGCCCAGCAGCAGCAGCAGCAGCAGUGGCCCAGCGAAGCCCAGUUCCAGCUCCAGCAUCGGCGCCAGCUCCAGCGCAAUGGGCGCUCAGCGACGCAGCACCAAGAGUCCCGGGCAAAUGGUCGUCGGCAAGACGCCCAGCGGCACGGAAUACAUACGCAUCAAUCUGCGUCCGGAUCACAUGUACAGCGACAAGGGCAUUGCGCCCAACGAGCGUGUCGUCGAGGCGCCCAACCAGCUGACGCCCGUCUAUUCGAAGAGCUCCCACAGCCACUCGCAGUCGCAGUCGAAGCCCGCCUCGCUGAGCCUGCAGGGCGGCGGCUUGGACGAGCACCGCCUGACACCGACGGCCAGUCCGAAGCCGUCGCGGCAUGCGAUGCGGCUGACCAGUCGCUCGCCCUCGCCGGCAGCACCGGCUGGCGCCUCAGUCUCCCGCAAGAGCUCGUUCAGCUCGCUGUUCCGGCUGGGCAAGGAUUCGCCCGACUCGCCGCGUGAGUCUUCCCGGUCGCGCAGCAAGAGCAAAGAGCGACCAUCGACGGCGAUGGCGCUGACUCAGGCGCCCGGCUCCCAGAACGUGACGCCCAGCAAGCAGAAGUCGGUGCUGGCCAUCUUCAAGCCGGGCAAGCGGGGCAGCAGCGCCGGCACCGAUGGCACCAAGAGCUCCAAGAGCUCCUCGCCCAUCGACAGCGCCGAGCCGCCGCCACCGCCGCCGCCCGCGCCAGGCGGACGGAGUCGCACGCCCGCCGGCUCGCGGCCCAACAGCCGCCUCAGGUACUACGAUGAGCCCGUGGAGGGCGUCAUCCACAUACCGUUGCAUACGCCGCCGGAGGAGCGGGAGGCGCGCACCCUGCUGCAGGGCAUCCAGCAGCUGGCCGCACCCUCGCCGCCGCCCAUGGAGCGCACGCGGAUCAUCAGUGCGAGCAGCGCAGCGAAGGCGGCGAAUGUGCCUGCGCCUGCUGGAGCCGGCGCUCCGAUCACUGCCAGCCAGCUGGCCGCAGCAGCUGCCGCACUGCGUCCAGUGGGUCAGCGCAAGGCGAGUCAGCCGCGCGCCGAUCUGGAUGCCAUACAGACGCUGCCGGCGCAGGAGGAGCUGCCGCGGGAGCAGCGCGCCUGGAACAGCGAACAGCCACGUCACGUCGUGCCGGAGCCGCAAGCCAAUCUCGGCCAGAUCACGGAGCACGCGGUCGUCGAGGUGGUGCGCGAGAAUGGGCUGGCCGAGAUGCAGCGCCUGCCCUCGGUGGACAGCACGCAGAGCGCCUGCGAGCCGCGCCUAGUGCAUACCGUGGCCACGGUCAAUGCGCCCGUGGAGGAUGCCGCGGCCAAGGAGCGACGCCGUCUGCUGUUCGCGACCCGUUUGGGCUCGGGCAGCCAGGAGCAGCUGUUCUCCACACAGUUCAGCAUCUCGAAGACCGAGAGCCAGUCCAGCCAACUGUCCGAGCAGGUCCAGCUGCCCGACUCCAACUCAACCACGGCCUCCGACUGCACCACCGAUGGACUUCAGCGCCAGGGCACGGUCAUACGGCGUGUCGACGCACCCGCACCCGCACCCGCCUCCGUUCCACAGCCGACGGCACGCUCCAGCUCCGAGGAGGAGCAACACGCAACGGGUGCCACCAUGGUGGUCAGCAGCGCCGUCGUCAUGCGCUCCAAGCACAAGUCCUGCUCCAACUCCGAGGAGGAAGCCACAACAGCUGCCACAGCACCGCCCGCUGCACCACCGGCCGCCGAUGUCCGCCAUUCGCGCUACCUGGAGAGCUUCGAUGUGCGCAAAAAGUAUCACGAGAACGUGACUGAGACCGUGCCGGAAGCUGUGUCUGAGCCGGCGACUGGGACGGUGCCACGCAAGCCCAAGCGCCAGAGCAUACCGGAAUCAAAACCAAUCGGCGUAGCAUUGCAGGAGCCGGAGCCGGAGCCCCAGCCCCAGCCCCAGCCCCAACCCCAGCCAGAGCCCGAGCCGGUAAUGCCAGUAAUGGGAGUCAAACGCAAUGCAGAGCUGCAGCAGCUGGAGGCGGUGUCGCUCACGCCCAUGCACGACGAGCGCUCGGAGCGCCACUCGACGGACGAACACGAGCCGAUCGAGUCGUCGGAGAGCGAACGCGACUCGGACUUGGCGGGCAGCUCGUCGCUGACGACGGCCGUGCCCAUGGGCAUGGAUGCGAAGCGUCAUCAUUUUCCGCGCAACGUGUGCUUGAUCGAGGAGCACGAGAGCACCGGUCUGGUGUCCCAGGAGUCCUUUGACGACGAGCUUCCGUAUGUGCCCACAACGCUGCCCGAGGAGCGGGCCCAGGGCGUGCCGCUCAUCCCAAUGAAGGAGCGCGCCAACAUGGAGCUGAAGACAUGUCCCGUGGACCGGCCACGCUCGACCACCCCACUGAAUCCCUCACAUCUCGAGGAGUACUGCACGGGCGUGGGCAUUAUGACGCCGCAGGAGUCGCCGCUCGAGCUGGACACGGGCGGGCUCGUGCGUGGCGAGAAGCUGCGCAUUAGUCUGCCGCGCAAGGAGCCCACCAUCAAGGACAAGACGCAGAGCAGCAAGUCGCCGCGCCGCAUCUCCAAUGCCAGCGGCAAGUCUUGGUUCGAGUUCGCCGAGGAGGGGCUGCGUGCCAACAAUCUGGAGCGCAAGGAUUCCAGCAAGCAGCUGCUGCCGCCUCCACCUGCAGCUCCUCCGCUUCCACAGCCCGCAGCGACGGGCCAGACGCCUGCCAGCCUGGAGGAGCCCAAGCCGAAGGCAUCCACACAGCGCAAACUGUCCGGCCAUUGGAUAGACUUUGAAAACAUACCCGAGAAGCGGAAACCGGCCAAGCGGAUCACCACGCUGCCGAAGGAGACAAUAACCACCACCACGACGACGGCCAUCAAGAGCGCCUCCUCGGCCGGAGUGUGCACCGGGGCACAUCGGGGCAGCUCUGGGCAUCACCAUGGCCACGCUCACACCCAUCACCAUCAGCAUCACCAUCAGCGACCGGAUGCUAGCUCCGGCGACAAGCUGCACUACAACUACGUCAAGCCCGAGGAUUGCCAGUGCGAGUGCCACGAGGCGGAGCGUGGCGAGUCCUCAGCGGCCACAGCGAUCACCUCUAGCACCACAGCCGACAAGGACAAGGAUACCAGUACGGGUACGGGUACGGGCACCGGCACGGGCACAGGCACGGGCAGUGAUUCGCUGGCUUCGGUGGAGCUACUGCAGCAGGGCGAGGACACACUGCCCCUGCUCGAGCCGGAGGCGCAAACGGAGACCAGAGUCUACGCAAAUGAGCCGCUGCCCCCACCAGCGCGUCACGUCAACAAAAACACAGGUCAAAGGCUGGAGGAGUUUCCACGUCGCGACGCCGCCGCAUCCAGUUCCAGAAAUCGCAAGUUUCCAGAUAGAAAAUAAACUGUUAUUCUACGCUAUAUGUUUUUGAUUUAAGAUAUGUAUCCUAUAUAUGUAUAGAUAUGUAUCCUAUAUAUGUAUAGAUAUCCAUAUGUUUUCUUUUUUUUGUUAUACCUCAACUAUUGCAUCUUCAGGGUAGCUAAAAAAAUUGCAAUCGACAAGUCGAUCAGGCUCGAAUAUCCUUAAUGUAUGUACCUCAAGCAGUGCGGUUGUUAAACAAGUUAUUGAAAAAA